AUGGAGAUAGGCCUUUUCGGACCCAAUCUCUACUGUGUCGAAAGUGGAGACGAAACACGGAAGCAGGUGGUAUCCAGUAUCUUGGAGAUUCCUGGACUCCGAGAAUCCUGGGUCCCAAGUGUUGGGCCCCAACUAAUUCAUCCAGAAAACCCGAUAGGAUGCUACGACACGCACAUGAGAUCAGUUAUAAAGGAAGAAGGUUUGGCAUGGACGCGCAUCCUGAAGGACUUUUCCAACAUUGUCCGUCCUGUCAAGGCGCCUCCACGCGCCGGUCUGAUUCCACGCGGAAGAGUCCACCUGCGAUCCAUGGCUGAGGCGUACGAUGUCCCAGACACUCCGGUUUGGCAUGCGAUUGCUGAGGUGAUAUAUGGAUACUCCUGGUGCCUAGUUGAUAAUAAUAUCUUUUGCAAUGACUGCUUGCGUGGAACUGGCACCUGCGCCAUCUUAGCCUCGUUUCCCGAUUAUUAUCACUUCUGCCAGGACAUGUACCCAGUGCUUGAAAUGUCUGCCCAGCGCUUGGUAGAAUAUAUCGCUCAUGUUGAUCGUUGCCAUCCCCAUGGUGGAGAACAUCAGAAGGUGAUGGAUGCCUGGGUGGCAACCGCACAGUCUACCUAUCUUGACAUUCUUCACCCGAAGGCAGAGAAAAUGAAAGGGCCAGAAGACGAACUGCAAAGCAUCCGCUAUCGCCUAAUUAACUCUGCUGCUCGGGCUCUGACUCUGGAAGCAAGACUAGAGCAAGGCUCUCUGAUUGGAGAUGACAAUACUAUCGAUGCUGUUGCAAUUGCAAAGUUAUGCAUGCACGAUGGAUGCGAUUACCGGCAUGACAACGCGGCCAAUGAGUUCUAUAAUAUCAUUACAAUCGUCGGUUCUCACCGUGGUGUGCCGGCGAACAACAUGUUCCGCCGAUUUUGCAUUGAUGUGUGGGCUUGGGCUGUUGAUAAUGAAGCAGACUGGGCAAUUUACAUUGCUGGCCGUGUCCUGGCUUGGCAGGUCUACAUGGAGCGGUAUAGGACCCCAAUACUCUUUGACAACUUGGUACACCACGAUGCGAACAAUCAGCCCACGGACGAUUUUUACGGUGACCCUUUUCUCAACAGUAUGAACCCGCUACCGCCUAGCUCUCAUCCGCACGACUUUGACCUCCGCAACCGGUGUCGCAACAAAGAUCGGUAUGACGAACUUUUGCGCAACUGUUUGGCUCAUUUUGAGGCCUGUCCUGGUUGUCAUGAGUAUGAUAAGAAGACCUCCUGGGCAGAUCGCGUGCCGCUCCUUGGUAAAGCAUACGAGACGAAGUACACCGACUGCAGCUGCCUGAACUUCAUAAGCACGUACAUGAUACUUGCUUGCAUGGACCCGGUUUGGUGGGCUAUGGAUUAUGCUGCUGAAUAUACCGGCCCAAUGGAAAAGUGGUCGCCGCUUCUUUGCUGAAAGGUGACUCGAUGCGAGGAUUGGUGGCU